UUUUUAAAAUUAAAGACUUAUUUGCACCAAAUUAAAAUUUUCCAAUUUGUAAUUUGUUUGGUCAAUUAUUUAUUAGAAAACCUAAAACGACAUACUUUUUGGUUAUGGUAUUUGUAGCUUGGAAACCCUAGCCUUCAUUUCACUCUCUUUCUUAGGCAGUCGUCUCUCUCACUAUCACAUUCUCAUCCUCACAGCCUCCCUCUCCUUCACCAGAAUGAAGAUUAUUGCUGCUUACUUGUUGGCUGUUUUGGGAGGAAACGCUUCUCCCUCUGCCGCUGAUUUGAAGGCCAUUCUCUCUUCAGUUGGAAUUGAGGCAGAGGAUGAGAAGGUUAACUUCCUUUUGACUGAGGUCAAGGGCAAAGAUCUCACUGAGCUAAUUGCUUCCGGAAGGGAGAAGCUAGCAUCAGUUCCGUCAGGUGGUGGUGGUGGUGCAGUUGCUUACUCUGCACCAUCAGGUGGAGCAGGCGCCGCCCCAGCUGCUGCUGCCGAGUCAAAGAAGGAAGAGAAAGUAGAAGAGAAAGAAGAGUCAGAUGAUGAUAUGGGUUUCAGUCUCUUCGACUAAAAAUCUGUAGCUUUUAUCAGGAAUUUUCUUAACAAGAAGGCCAUUAAGUUGUUAUAUCUGUUUUUUUUCUUAUUUGAUGUUUAGAAGAGGAAGCAAAAUUUGAGACAUUUGAGGGAGAAUUUUUUUGUCAGUGUUUGAAAUUUCGUUUUACAUGUGCCAAUAUAUGUUUCAAAUAUUGUAACAUGACAGCAAACUCACUUUCUGGUGUUCCUUGCUCAAGUUAGAAACAUAACACACAAUUUAAGUCAAAUGAUCAUGAAAUAACAAUGGAAGCACACUUUCUUAAUA